CUCAGACACAAACAUUUCGCACACACCAUAGAAACCCUAACAAUGGCUUCCGCCGCCGCAAGACCCCUCGUCACCGUCCAAACACUCGAUUCCGACAUGGCCACCGAUUCACAAACUACCCUCCCAAUUCCCGAUGUAAUGCGAGCUUCAAUCCGUCCCGAUAUCGUUAACUUUGUCCACUCCAACAUUUCCAAAAACUCCCGGCAACCCUACGCCGUGAGCCGUAAAGCCGGUCACCAAACCUCCGCCGAGUCAUGGGGAACUGGCCGUGCCGUUUCUCGUAUUCCUCGUGUUGCCGGAGGUGGUACCCACCGUGCUGGUCAAGCUGCUUUCGGUAACAUGUGUCGUGGUGGUCGUAUGUUUGCUCCGACAAGAAUCUGGCGUAAAUGGCACCGGAAAAUCAAUGUGAAUCAGAAGCGUUACGCCGUUGUUUCCGCUAUCGCUGCUUCCGCGAUUCCAUCGCUGGUUCUAGCUCGUGGUCAUAGGAUUGAAACUGUUCCUGAGUUUCCUCUUGUUGUUGGUGAUUCAGCUGAAGGAGUUGAGAAAACUAAGGAAGCUAUUAGUGUUUUGAAGAAGAUUGGAGCUUUUGCUGAUGCUGAGAAAGCGAAAGCGAGUCUUGGGAUUCGACCGGGGAAAGGUAAGAUGCGUAACCGUAGGUACAUUUCUCGAAAGGGACCGUUGAUUGUUUAUGGUACCGAAGGCGCGAAAUUGGUGAAAGCUUUUAGGAAUAUACCUGGUGUUGAGAUUACUAAUGUUGAGAGAUUGAAUCUUUUGAAACUUGCACCUGGUGGGCAUUUGGGUAGGUUUGUUGUUUGGACUAAAUCGGCUUUUGAGAAACUUGAUUCGAUUUACGGGACUUUUGAUAAGGGUAGUGAGAAGAAAAAAGGGUAUGUUUUACCUAGGGCUAAGAUGGUUAAUUCUGAUUUGACUAGGAUUAUUAACAGUGAUGAGGUGCAGAGUGUUGUGAGGCCGAUUAAGAAGGAUGUUAAACGCGCUACACUUAAGAAGAAUCCUCUUAAGAAUCUUAAUGUUAUGCUUAGACUUAAUCCUUAUGCUAAGACUGCUAAGAGGAUGGCUUUGCUCGCUGAGGCUGAAAGGGUUAAGGCUAAGAAGGAGAAGCUUGACAAGAAGAGGAAGACUGUUUCUAAGGAGGAAGCUUCUGCCAUUAAGGCAGCAGGAAAAGCUUGGUACAACACUAUGGUCUCGGAUUCGGAUUAUACAGAAUUUGACAACUUCUCCAAGUGGUUGGGUGUUUCACAGUGAUAUCCAUCUUGAUGUUCAUGAUGAUUGUAUUCGCUGGAUGUAGCAUCACUCUUUUCGUAUUAGUGUUUUGUUUUGUAUGGUUAACUGAACGGAAUAUUUUUGCGGUUUUAUUGUUUUGCGGGUUGAGGUCAUCACACAUUUUACAGACAGCAGUGAAAUUUUGUUCGUCUUAUUUAAGUGAAAACAUUUUUGUCCUUUUAUUGCAGCUUAAUAAUCUUAUUAUAUUUGUUUCUUUUUAAA